AUGAUGGACGAGGAGAGCCUACAGAGCGCGCUCCGGACCUACGGCGCACAGCUGCAGCAGGUGGAGCUGGCCCUGGGUGCUGGCCUGGAUCCCGCCGAGCUGGCCGACUUGCGCCAGCUCCAGGGAGACCUGAAGGAGCUGAUCCAGCUCACGGAGGCCAGCCUGGUGUCUGUGCGGAAGAGCAAGCUGCUGGCCACCUUGGACGGAGAACGCCCAGACCAGGACGCCGCCGAGUACCUGGCUUUCCAGAAGGCUGUUGCUGAAGCAGUGGAGGUGCCAGUAGCCUCCAGCGCAGAACUGGACCCUGUUCCUGAGAAAAAGGCUGGGCCAGCACCCAGCGAGCCUGGACUGGAGGAGGAUGAAGGGGAGGACUUGGAGGAUGAGGGAGAGCUGAGUGGGAUGAAGGUGAACGCCCCCUACUACAGUUCCUGGGGCACCCUCGAGUAUCACAACGCCAUGAUCGUGGGCACGGAAGAGGCAGAUGAUGGCUCUGCAGUUGUGCGGGUGCUCUACCUCUACCCCACCCACAAGUCCCUGAAGCCCUGUCCCUUCUUCCUGGAGGGCAAGUGCCGCUUCCUGGACAACUGCAGGUUCUCCCAUGGGCAGGUGGUCUCUGUGGAUGAGCUGCGCCCCUUCCAGGACCCGGACCUGAGCUCCCUGCAGGCUGGUUCUGCAUGCCUGGCCAAGCAGCCAGAUGGUCUCUGGCACCCAGCACGGAUCACUGAUAUGGACAGUGGCUACUACACAGUCAAGUUUGACUCGCUGCUGUUGAAGGAAGCCGUUUUGGAGGGGGACAGCAUCCUUCCCCCAUUGCGCCCAGAGCCUGCAGAGUCUUCUGACUCAGACAGUGGUGACCCAGACGAUUCCAGCUAUGCCAGAGUGGUGGGACCCAGCGCCACCGACCACGGCGCCUGCAGCUCUGCCUUCGCCGGCUGGGAGGUGCACACGCGGGGCGUCGGCUCCAGGCUGCUCGCCAAGAUGGGCUAUGAGUUUGGCAAGGGUCUGGGCCGACACUCAGACGGCCGGGUGGAGCCCAUCCACGCUGUGGUGCUGCCUCGGGGGAAGUCGCUGGACCAGUGUGCAGAGAUCCUACAGAAGAGGACCAAGGGCAACAAGGCUGGCCCUCGUCGGGCCCCAAAGUGCCGGGGCAGAGGAGGCAGGCCUGGGGGCCGCCCGCCCCCCCGGAGCGUGUUUGACUUUCUGAAUGAGAAGCUGCAGGGCCAGGCUCCUGGGGCCCUGGAGGCAGGGGCUGCCACCCCUGGGAGGAGUGGCAAGGAGCUGUACCAUGCCAGCAAGGGCACCAAGCGGGCCCUGAGCCUGCGGCUCUUCCAGACCGAGGAGAAGAUUGAGCAGGCCCAGCGAGACAUCCGGGGCAUCCAGGAGGCUCUCGCCCGCAACACUGGCCGGCACAACGCGACGGUGGCCCAGCUGCAGGAGAAGCUGGCAGGAGCCCAGCGGCAGCUGGGGCAGCUCCGGGCCCAGGAAGCGGGCCUGCAGCGGGAGCAGAGGAAGGCGGACACUCACAAGAAGAUGACGGAGUUCUAG